AAUACGUUUUGGGAGGACAAUGGCGCAGUGAAGGCAUUGUGGGAUGAAUUAGCACAAGCAAUGAUCACUAAUUGGAACAACGGAAAUGGAGCUGAAUGUGAUUCCAUGACAAAUGCAUCUCCGUCUGACAAGACGGCAUGCAAGUAUUUGCAUGCCGGCUUUAAAGAACUGUACAAGGAUCCGGCGGCGCCGCCAGGCGCCGCCGACCUCUUAAAGAACAACCCAUCGUUUAGACAAACGAUGGGUUGUUUCUUACUUCAUGCUUAUGCAAAACACAUGAAAGAAAAAGCAACUUGUCUUAUUGAUGAUGGUAUAGAACAAGCUUUCAGGAAAGCAGGUAGUUGUACUAGUAGUAGUAAUGGAAAAUGUGUUCCAUGCCAAUGGGACAAAGACGACAAAUGGAAAGAAUGCACAAUUAAGACAGAUGGCCAAGGUGGAACUGAAACGAAGGUUGAGAACAAAUUGAACACCAUCAUCGAUAAGGACAAGGACGAAGCAGUAAAGAAGGCAGCACAAGCUGUAAAUGACUUGCAAUUAUGUGAACAAGUCAAAUGUGUAACAGCCCGUUGGUGGAAGGAGGUAAAAAAGAGUGGACAGGCGAACGCAGGAACUGUAGAAUGGGAUGAAGUGUGGAAGGAACUCAAAACACAGCUCACCCACCUUGGGGAAGGCAUAACUACGAAGAAGGGGGAAGUUGAAUCCCACUGCAGCGGUCUGAAAGAUGAAACUGGAAAGGAGGCUUGCCUCCUUAUAGCAGCAGGAUUAAAAAACCUCUAUGACAUCCAAGACAACACCACCGACCCUGUUAAGGCAUCGUUCAAAAGAACGAUGCAAUGUGUUUUAUUAAAUGCCAUUGCAGAUAAACUACAAGGCGACAGCUUUCCAUGUAAGGAUGAAAGGAAUGUAGAGAAGGGGAUAAAUGAAGCUUUUAAGAAGAGUAUUAAUGAAAAAAUUGAGAAUACAAGUGGCGGUUGCGAGGAUGGUAACAUGAAGUGUUUUAUGUGUCCGAGGUUUAAAAUACCGGAAGAUUGCAGAAUUAAAACAAAUCAUAGCACUUCAUCGAAAGAUACAAAGUUAAAAGAAGAAAUAGAUAAAGUGCUCACCAACGACGACAACAACGGCGGAGGAAAGAAGGAAAUGGAACAAAUUUGGAACCAAUCUAUAAAGGACAUAUGUAA